ACCAAAUCAUAUACAUAUACCGCGGUUUCUUAAAAAUAACAUUUAUUUAGUAUAUUUGGUUCUACCAAAUCCAAACCACUUUCUCUAUUUCGGUUUGGUUUUACCGGAUUGAACACCUUCAUUUCCACUUCAUCACUUUGUCUCGUUUCUUCCACCGAAUCUAUCACGUUUUUGGCUCCCGAUGUUUCCGACUUUUGGCUCUAAAUAGAGGGGAUUCCUUCAACGCCAUAUUCGCCGGCUCCAUUUCUCGCAGCUCACCAUUCCUUUACAGGAUGUUGGCAAGCUUGGUCUCAGAAUUCUUUCUGGCUCCUUUUUUUUUCCUUUUUUUUUUGUCGCUUCUCUGUUCGUUGUUUCUCGGUUGAAUCUCAAUUUGAGAAUUGGAUUGUCUUUUCCUUAUUUUGCCAAAGAUAGUUUCAUCUUCGUUUUUCUCUUUAUCAUUAAAGAUGUUUGUAUUAAUUGUGCAGGUAAAUCUCUCGAAUACAUAAGUGGUGGUCUGUUGAUCUCAUCCGGCUUUGUAACGGGUUCUUUUUGAAACCUUCUCUCAUUAUCAUGAUUUCGUUAGUCGAAGCUGCGGUGAAGAUUAUUAAAACUAAAGACUGAGCUUAAAUUAUAGAAAAUACGACAAAUAAAAUAAAAUCAGUCUAUAUUAUUAUUUAAUAAAAGAUUUUUCUAAUUUGUUAUGUUCUUCGUAAUCUUAUGAUGAAUCAUUAGUUUUACUCUGUACUAUUAUUGAAAACUAUAUUAAUAUUUUUUUUUUAACGUCUUAACUUUAUUGAUAUCAAAUCAAUGUAACAUAUUACAUGAAUCAUAAAUUAUAUAAAACAUGCUGUUAAUAAGAAUUUUUAAUAGAGAUAGCAGUAACACGAUGCUUCCUAGCGCAUUCGUAGGACAGGCUGAGUCGCUAGCUUUCCUCCACUUUAUUCUUGGUCUUGUAAGAUCUUGCUUGUGGCUCUCAAUUCUUGUGAGUAAAUGCUUUUUUUUCUCUAAGAAAACUAUAUUAAUAUAUAUAUAUAUAUAUAUAUAUAUUGUGACUUUUAUUAGUUUUGGCUUUCAUAUUGUUAUUUUAUUGAUAUUUUAUGAUAUUUUAUUAUGUACCUUUUAGCAUGAGAGCUUUACCUAGUUCUUUUUUUUUUGUUUAAGAGCACCUUGUUUUUAAAUAAUAGUAUAAAAGAUAUCUUUCGUUAUUAUUUUGGAAAAUAUAUUUUAAACAGGAAUAGGGAAAUUUUGAGCAAAAAAUGGAUAGGAAAAUUGGAUUCGGUAAUAACAUAUAUAUACCCCGGAUAUACUUAGGAAGGUUUAAGAGCCUCCCCCUGACCCGAUAAUGUCUCCUCCUCCUCUGAUGAAAGUCAGAAAACUAUCUUCAUUCAUCGCCGGCAAGAGACUACGAGAAGAUGAUAAUGAUCCGUCGUCACCUUCACCACUUUCUUGGCUGCCCGACGAACUUGUUUUCAAGUGCUUACUCCACGUCCCAAAAACCUACGACCUAAACCUCUCUUACGUUUCCAAAACCCUAAGGUCUCUUGUUCGCUCUCCUGAGCUCCUCCGUUUGCGCUCUUCCCUCCCUAAAAACUCCAUCUAUGUCUACUUCCGCGAAAAAAAAACUCUUAAACCGAAACAAUAUUGGUUCACUCUCCGUCCGAUUCAGAGCUCGAAACGGGAGAUUGAGUAUCAGUUGAUUCCGGUUAGUAACUUCCCUUCUCAUCCUUUUAUGUACAACUCUUCAGCCGUAGCGGUUGGAUCAGAGAUAUUCUUCGUUGGUGGAUUAUCCGAACCUUCUUCUGAUCUUUGGAUUCUUGAUACUCGUUCGGGAGAGUUAGCUCAAGGACCAAGCAUGAAGGUGGCUCGAACUUGUGACUCCGUUGUCGGAGUAAUCAACGGGAAGAUACACAUGAUCGGAGGGUGCCUAAACAAGAAGAUUCAAGUCGAGGUUUACGAUCCAAAAAAGCGAAGCUGGACAGUAGGCAAGGGUCCUGACGAGAGGUUUCGACUCAGACUAAUGACAACGCAGUUAACUGCGUCGCUCGGUUGGAAUAUUUAUUCUGCUGAAACUGCGAAAAUCAAUGUGUACAAAGCGAGACAAGGUGGAAGACUGGAGACUGUGAAGAUGCCGAGUGAUGUUGUCUGGUGCAUGUGCGUGGUCGCUGAUUUGCUUUAUGUUUACUAUUUUCGUGAAGGGUUGAUGUGGCUUGAUGCAAAGAGUAAGAUAUGGAAAAGAGUAGUUGGUGUUGGCUGUAAUGAUUUGAAGGCACUUGAUGUUAAGUUUCAUGACGCUGUAAUGGCGGAAUAUAAUGGAAAGCUGGCGAUUUUGUGGCCCGAGGCCGAGGGUAUUCAUUUAGUUAAGCCGAAGAUAAGGAUUAGGUGUGCGUUGAUCGCGUUGGAUUGGGUUGGAGAUGGAAUGCGUGGGAGGAUUGAGUGGUCUGGCACCGUAGCCGAAAUGCCAGAUAAUUAUUCUUUUCAUAAAAUUUUUGUUGUUUCUGGGUGAGGUCCAUUUAUUGUUUAGUCACCCUUCCCCGCUAUUUGUAAAAUAUGGUUUAUAUAUUGACACACGAUGCUGUAACAUGAGCUCUGCCUGACUGUUUUUUUUUUUUUUGAGAAACAA